AAACCCAGAAUUCAAGCAGCAAGGCAGAAACGAGCAGCAAAUCACGGAAGGAAAGGACAGCUUUCACAAAGGAGCAGCUACGGGAGCUGGAAGCUGAAUUUGCCCACCAUAACUACUUGACAAGACUCAGGAGAUAUGAGAUAGCUGUGAAUCUGGAUCUCACCGAGAGACAAGUUAAAGUAUGGUUUCAAAACAGAAGGAUGAAGUGGAAACGUGUUAAAGGCGGGCAACCAGUGUCCCCACAUGAACAUGACACAGAAGAUGUGGACUCUGCUGCCUCCCCCAGCUCUGACUAG